AUGGAGAAGAGCGGGAGCAUCGACAGUCUGGGCUCGAAGCCUCCCUCAUCCCGUCAGCCAAGUGUUGAUUCAUUGUCCAGUACUUCCACUUCCCGCUCGGACAGAUCAGCCCAGGCCAAACCGCCAUCUGCUUUGUCCUCCGACUCGGUGUCAACCUGUGCCGAGUUUUCUCCAGAGCUCAGGGUCAAACCUAAAACCACUGCCAAGAGGGUGCUGAGGGAUUCCGAUAAAGAAGAACCACAGUUACUCCCAAAUGAGACUGUGCAAGAUUCAGCUCAAGAUAUCACCUACUUCUGCCCCUUCACUGGAGCGCUGAGGGGAAAAGUCAUAGUUACCAACUACAGGCUUUUCUUCAGAUCCAUGGACAGGGAGCAGGCUUUUGUGCUGGAUUUGCCUCUGGGGGUGGUGAGUCGUGUGGAGAAGAUUGGAAGCGCCUCGAACCGCGAUGUAUCCUAUGGAGUGGUCUGCAAGGAUAUGCGUAAUCUGCGUUUUGCACAUAAACAUCUGGAGGACACACUGAGGAAGUCGAUUUUCGAAGUGCUGAUUAAAUUUGCAUAUCCUGUUUCCAACGGGCUGCAAAUAUUUUCCUUUGAAUACGGGCAAGUGUUUCCUGAAAACGGAUGGAAGGUGUAUGAUGCUGCCACAGAGUACAAAAGACAGGGCAUACCUAACGAAAGCUGGAGGAUCACAAAAGUAAACGAUCACUACGAGCUGUGUGACACCUACCCAUCAACUCUGGCAGUACCUGUCAACAUUCCAGAUGAAGAGCUGAAGAGGGUGGCUGCCUUUCGAGCAAAAGGCAGGAUACCCGUGUUGUCGUGGAUCCACCCGGAAAGCCAGGCCACAGUGACACGCUGCAGUCAGCCGAUGGUCGGGGUGAACGGGAAGCGCAACAAAGAGGACGAGAAGUAUCUCCAGGCCAUCAUGGAUGCCAAUGCUCAGUCCCAUAAACUUUUCAUUUUUGAUGCCAGACCCAGCGUCAACGCCGCUGCUAACAAGAUGAAAGGUGGUGGAUACGAAAGUGAGGAUGCAUAUCAAAACGCUGAGCUCGUAUUCUUGGAUAUUCACAAUAUCCAUGUAAUGAGGGAGUCUCUCCGCAAGCUGAAAGAUGUGGUCUACCCCAAUAUCGAGGACUCGCACUGGCUUUCCAAUCUAGAGUCGACUCACUGGCUGGAGCACAUCAAGUUGAUCCUGGCAGGAGCUCUGAGGAUCGCAGACAAAGUGGAGUCGGGGAAAACGUCGGUGGUGGUGCACUGCAGCGAUGGCUGGGACCGCACCACUCAGCUCACCGCCUUGUCCAUGCUGAUGCUGGACGGCUACUACCGCACCAUUCGCGGCUUCGAAGUGCUGCUGGAGAAAGAGUGGCUGAGCUUCGGCCAUCGCUUCCAGCUGCGCAUCGGUCACGGUGAUAAGAAUCACACGGAUGCAGACCGUUCGCCUGUUUUCAUCCAGUUUAUCGACUGUGUCUGGCAGUUGACUCGCCAGUUUCCUGCAGCUUUUGAGUUUAAUGAGAAUUUCCUGGUAACCAUCCUGGACCACCUGUACAGCUGUCUGUUUGGGACAUUCCUGUGUAACAGCGAACAGCAGAGGAUGAAGGAGGAGAUUCCUAAGAGGACCGUCUCACUCUGGUCUUAUAUUAACAGCCAGCUGGAGGAGUUCACCAAUCCUUUGUAUGUGAACUACUCGAACCAUGUGCUGUUCCCUGUUGUUAGCUUACGCCACCUGGAGCUUUGGGUUGGCUACUACAUCCGCUGGAACCCUCGCAUGAGACCUCAGGAACCCAUUCACCAGCGCUACAAGGAGCUGUUAGCGAAGCGCGCCGAGCUUCAGAGAAGAGUCGACGAGUUACAGCGGGAAGUGACCAAUCGCUCAGCGUCCUCUUCCUCAGAGAGAGCGGGCUCUCCAACGCGCUCCAUCACCCCAGUGCAGACCUUUGUUUGA